AUGUCACCGUUUCCACAGUCUUCUCGAACGCAAUUCCAGAAAACUCCGAUCCCUCUUGGAACUUUCCAGGGCUUGUCCUGGACUUUAAAAGACAAGCCUCUCUCCGCCCUCAAAAAUGACACAUCCUUUUCUCCGCCGCCGCCGCCGCCGCGACACGACCCCUGA